UUGGUCGAGCCAGGCCGGCACGACAGGCGCGCGUGCCGGGAGGUUGAGUAAAGCUGAUUAAUUGCGACUUUGUCGCGGGCAAAGUGAAUUAACAGAGGGCGGCUCGGCGCUCAUAAUCGCUUUGAAAUGCUUGUCACAACACCAGGCCGGGUGUGGUAGUUGCAGUGGUGGCCGUCAGGAUUCAGUCUAGAACUACAGCGGGGUCCACGACACGCCGGACGACUCUGGUUUGGAGAUUUUUGUUUUUCAGAAAGAAAAAAAAUUACGGAACAAAAGAAGAUCACCAAAAAGAAAAAACGCAGAACCGGAAACUGAUCUUUGACUGUGCGGACGUCAGGAAGGAUAACCCAAGACAUCGAGAGUGCCAGAGAUUGUGACUGUGGUAUUCGUUUUUGUGUGCCGGUCGUUCUUGUGUGGCGGUCAAUCUUGUGUGGCGAUCAUUCUUCCGUUUCUUAUUCGAGAAUUCGCUUUGUGUUUUUAAAGAAACAGCCGAGCUUGAUUUAUUGCCAGCUAUCCUCAUUGCCAUCAAAUGGUCAUUUAACCGAAAACACUGACGAUGUUUUGCUUCCACUGCCCUCCAAGUUUUCACCCGACAGGUCGACCUUUGACCUUGGAUUACCCGUGCCCGACACACCCCUCAUAUCCAGGUUACGGUCUCCACUCCGACCUACACGACGAGGCGUUCGCCCGACGUAAACAAAGACGCAACAGAACGACCUUCACCCUUCAGCAGCUCGAGGAGCUGGAGAAAGCUUUUGCCCAGACCCACUACCCGGAUGUUUUCAUGCGGGAGGACCUGGCCAUGAGGAUUAACCUGACGGAGGCGAGAGUACAGGUGUGGUUCCAGAACCGCCGCGCCAAAUGGCGAAAGAGCGAACGGUUCUCCCAGCAGCCCGGGCCGGCGUCCGGCCGGAGUUCCGGUCAAGGCGCGGAGGACGACGACGACGACAGAAAGGGGCGGGAGACCCCCCUCUCCCCGCAACCCUCCCCCGACAUCUGCCUCACCUCCGGCGGCCACGCCCACGAGGACGACGCCGGCGAUUUUUACAAAGAGGACCCGGAUCUAAAAAUAGCCGACAUGACGUCAUCGGAUCCUCGACGUCAGAACGACGCCGGCGAGAAACGCUCGGACGACGAGGAGAGCGAGGUCUGCGUGGACAAAAACGAGGAGGACGCGCCCUCGGAGUCGGGUCAUGUGACCCGCGAGUCGACCCAGCACAUCGCCUAUGACUUCUCCGUCGCCAAGAGAGCGGAGGUCGCCGCCGAGAACAAGCCGGAACACGGCUGCGGGGAGGGCAACGACGACAACAACAACGACCGGGACCGGACGACCGGACACCGGCACGACCUGGCCGGACCGGACAGUAAAAAAUUCGACCCCGGUUUUUUCAGCUUGUCCCGGGGUUUCCGGUCGAGUUACUUGCCCCCGUCCAAUCACGAAGCGUCCAAGCUGAUCUUGAACACGCCCACUUCCCUCCUCAACCCGCCCAGCGUGUUGUCGGUCAACGACUCCAACACCUCCUCCUCCCCCAAACUACCCCCCUCACCCCUCGCUUUCCCGCAAGUCUCCUCCCUGCAAAGUAUAGACAGCCGGAGCGGGCUUGGUCGGGAUUCGUUCCCGGCUUCCACGGCUCUCAGCAUGGCAUACGGAAGUGACCCGGCGCUGAUGAAGAGCAUGCUGGGACUGAUGCCGCCGCUGAUGUUUCCGCCGGACUUUGGUUUGAUGGCGAAGAUGGGGCGCAGCGCCCUGCCCUUCACCCAGAGUCUCUUGGCGGCCUCCAUGCAUAGGCCAGGCUUGUUUUCUGGCAUUGACGUGUCAAGGUUCAAAUCCGGGUAUGACUCAUUGAUGACACCAAGGUCGUUUCUGCCACCCACGCAUUUACCUCACCCUGCAUUCAAAGGUUGUCUCCCUUUCUGCAUGUGCUGCCCACCCCGAUCAACCAGCAGCAACAGCACCACCGGAAGUAGCACCAUCACCACCAGCAACCCGACCACCACUUUCCCGGCAUUCAGCGAGCACAGGACCAGCAGCGUCGCCGAACUCCGACGUCGCGCUCGGGAGCACUCGGAAGCCCUCGUGGCCAAUGGAUCGGAUCGCCCGAGCUCGGCCGGUGAAUGAACCUGCGCGCGCAUAACCUUUGACCCUGAUAUUUGAUAUUGUGGUGUGUGCUUUUAAAGUUGAAUGAAACAACUUGAAAACAGAUUUAAUAAAACCCACAUUUUAGUCAGUGAUCUAAAAAUUAAUCUCUACUAGUAUCAACGUGUACACAGCGUGUAUUGUACACCAUGUUGGUGUACUGUACAUCGUGGGGGAGGGGGUGGCUGUACACUUACAAGGGGUAAUCAAAGACACAAAUCCUCAACAAGCUUUAUCUGUGCAUAAUGUUUGUUAAAGAAAGUUACCGUAAGACUAAAAUACUUGUACUAAGAUAAAGAUGCUGGAUUUGUUCUGUAUAUUUUUGUGCCAAUGUAAAGUAAGCCA